UCUGGUUUAACGCAACUUGAAAAAAGCAUUUUUCGAAAGGACAAGUAUAAGUUGUGCGCUUAGCAGAUGAAGUAAAAAAAACAUUAAAUAUACAUCUGUGUUAAACAAAGCCUUUACAAUGCGUUUGGAAGACCAAGGUAAAGAAGUGAAGAAGCAUGGCUUUUUACGUGGCACUCUUAUGUGGAAUACUAGAAAUAAGAUUAUUGCAGGUGUUGUGGCAUUUACACUUACGUUUGACAUUUGUAUUAUACUGUAUGCAAGGAGUAGACAGGACAUUACUCGUGCCAAACAAGAAAAAAGAGUACAGGAAAUGAAUGAAGACAAUUUAAGAUUUUCAGAAAGAGUUAAAGCUUUUGAAGACAGGAAAAAAACACUUGCAGCUUUAAAAGAUAAUUCUUAACAUACAGACAGUAGAUAGGUAUGAAGUUAGAAAUGGUGAUUUAUACUUGUAACAAUCAUGCUCAUCUAAAUUUAAAAAAUCAAGUGUGUUCUGUUUUACAAUUCUGACCUAUUUUAGUAUUUGUGUUUUGUGAAGUAAUCAUGAAUUUUGAUGUAAAAUUGUGUGAAUUAUUACAUUAAGAUUUUUAUUUGUGAACAUCAUGUGUGUGUUAUCAUGUCUGCUAGUGGAUUAUACUUAAAAAGUGUGUCUUCAAACUAUAAAGAAAUGAUAACAAUUCAAUCAGUGGUAUAGUGAUAGUGGCCUCUAUAUUCGAAGUAACAAAAAUAUUUUAAAGUGAUUCAGAGAGUUCAACAUGCAAGGUGCAGAUAAGACAUUACCUAAAAAGGGAACAAAGCUUUCCUUGUCCAGAAAGACCUCAAAGAGUGAACUUUCAUCUACCAGCACCAAUAAAGGAAUACAAAAUUUGUUGCGCGGAAAUGUAGAUCUGAAUGAAACAUGUGAGUUUCAGGAUCCCCUACAGUUCCCAGGUUGCGGUAAUAACAAUGCUAAACUUGAUAUUGGUAAGAGAGGAAAGGCUGUUGCUAUAGCAACAAAAGUUUCAGAAAAGAUUGAUGAAGAAAGUAGGGAAUCAGUCAGAUGCCACUUAUGUCAUAAGAAUUUAAGUCACAUGACAGUGCAACGAAGAGAACAACAUGUUAAUAAAUGUAUUGAUCAAGUUGAGCUUAUAGAGAAGCAACAGAGAGAGGAGAAAAAAGUUCUUGAGGCUGCUAAAACAGCUGUGUUAGACUGUCCUAUGUGUGGCAAACAGUUUAAAACAGAAAAUGGAAGGGUGAUGCAUUUGAAGAAAUGUUGUCAGGAAGUUGGAGUUUCUACAGAGAAGAUGAUACAGUUAGUGAAAGAUCAGGAGCAGGAACGGCAGAAACAAGUUGCUGCAGGCAUUGUACCACAACAACUGAGGUCAAAGGUCACCAAAUUAGUAGCUCCAAAGAAGCGCAAAUUAAAAGAGCCAAAAAGUCAGUUUGAAGAGGAUGUACAUGUUGCCAUGGCAAUGUCUUCAUCAUUAUCAUCAUCAACUAGUGACAAUAUAACUUCAGCAAAAAGAAAGAAGAACAAAAAAACUCAACUUGAAGAUGUAUGUUUAUUGACCACCCUGACAAAUGAAGAUAGACAGAAGAGAAUUGAAGAAAAAGUCAGCAAUGUUUUACACAUGGCGAACAGCUCUAAUGUUUCUGAUAAUAUAGUACUACAAGAGUCUAGACUCAAAGCUGAUUCUGUUAGGGAAAAUUUAUCCUUGUGGAGUAAAUGCAGCCAGGACCCAAUCACUUGUGACAGUGAACAGUUCUAUGUUGGAGCAUUGGUUCCCCCAUUGUCUGUCAGCAAAUUCAAGGUGGGAAGGAAUCUACGUAGACUUUCAUCUAUACCUGGCAGGGAUAAAUCCUUACUUAAGAAUGAAAGACCACUAGAAAAGAGUGGACUAAGUGAUCCAGUACCAGAUGAUAUAAUCACAGCAUCCACCCAGACAGCAGUAGUCCUGGCAGAACUUGCUGUAGAUGAUACAUAUAUAUUAGAUGUUACAGCUAAUUCACAGCUUACUCAAGACAUUCAUAAAUCAGACAAUUUAUUUGAAUUACAAGCAAGUGGAUUUUGUGUGGAGGCAAUGGUUUUAAAUGUAAGCAUUUGCCAGGUUUCUACUAAAUGCUUUGCUUUCUAUAUUAAUGGGCCCAUUGUUAUAAAGUGUCCUGAGAAUCAUUGA